AUGACCCGCGACUACUCCCGCCCUCUUCCGUUAUCGGCGGCCCUUCCGCCGCUGGUAAUGGGCACAGCAACAUUCAACUCGCAGUACAACGAAGACCCCUACGCUCUCCCAACAACCGAGCUGGUGCACCGCGCAUUCGCCAGCGGAGUCCGUGCCUUCGAUACCUCCCCGUACUACGGUCCUGCAGAGGAACUCCUCGGCCGCGCCCUAGCCACAGACUUUGUGCAGUCAAACUUUCCCCGGCAAUCAUACCACCUCCUCACAAAGGUCGGACGGAUCGCAGGCUCCUCAUUCGACUAUUCCCCGGCGUGGGUUAGGAAGAGCAUUGCCCGGAGUCUCCGCCGCCUUCACACGGAGUACCUGGACGUUGUAUACUGCCACGAUGUCGAGUUCGUUUCACCGCAGGAAGUACUAGAGGCAGUCCGCGAAUUGCGCCGGAUCCGGGAUACACAAGGGACAGUCCGCUAUGUUGGUAUCUCGGGAUACCCAGUGGACGUGCUAUGCGAUCUCGCAGAGUUGGUUCUCCGUGAGACCGGCGAGCCGCUCGACGUCGUCAUGUCCUACGCCAACUUCACUUUACAGAACACACGGCUCCUAACGCAGGGUCUCCCGCGACUCGUAGCAGCUGGCGUCGAUGUUAUCCCCAAUGCCUCGCCCCUUGGAAUGGGUCUACUGCGCCGAAAGGGUGUCCCAAUUGGAAGCAUGGGUGAUUUCCACCCCGCCCCAGACGGGCUCCGAACAGCCAUCCACAACGCAUCCGAGUUCGCCGACUCAGAAGGAGAAAAGAUUGAAGUGAUUGCAAUCCGCUUCGCUCUUGAAUCUUGGCUUCGCGAUGGCGCAAAGGGUGGUGCUCUCGGCCCACCACUCGCCCGCAGCCCGGAUGCAGACCCAGGCUUCAUAUCCGUCGCGAGCAUGGGCACCGGUGAGCGACUAGGCGUGAGCGUUAUGGGAGUUAGCAACAUCGACGAGUUAAAUGAGACUCUCCGUGUCUGGCACAGUAUCGUCGACGGACUAGAAAAUAAGGACGAUAACGACGAGUAUUUUGAAACCCAAGCUGCGGCCGUCCCUUCCGCACCCAGUGCGCCGGCCAUCCUCACCCCGUCGGACGGUAUCAUCACAGACCGCGUGUGGUCGUGCGAGAGGCGCAGUCGGAUUUUAUACCUUGCGAACCAGGUCCAAUCUAUCCUUUCGCCAACUUGGGUAGACUACACAUGGCCCAGUCCAGAUCCAGGCUUCGUCAAUACUUUACCCGCCGACCACCUUGCUUCUCUGAAUGACACCACAAAAUCGGCCGGCAUACCUGGCCAAACCGUACAAAACGACGUACCUACGCAAGAUGCUAUGAUGACACCCCCGUUGGAAGCACAAGAGUCAAUGAUACCCGUGGACACUGUCCCAUCUUUAUGA